AUGCUGUGGCCGCGGUCAGUCGCCCCGCCUGCGUCAACCCACACCACACAGCCAUGGCCAACAAACCGGCCACACCUCCAAGCUCCCAAGGAUGCCAAAUUAUCCACUUCCUCCCCUCUCACCAUGAUUAUCUCCAAGCCACCAUUCCGCCCCUUUUUCCACUCGCCCUCCCUCGCCGCCGGCCCGCUGCGCCGCCACCGCCACCCCCAUUCCCACCUCGCCAACAAGCCCUUCUCCGUCGCCGUCGCCGUCGCGGCCUCCCCGUCCGACCUCCUCGCCAGCGUCCAGUCCGUCGCGUCCGCCGCGUCCGUCCUCGCGUCCAUCGUGCUCGUCCACGAGUCCGGCCACUUCGUCGCCGCCACCUCCCGGGGCAUCCACGUCUCCCAGUUCUCCAUCGGCUUCGGCCCCGCCCUCGCCAGCUUCCGCCUCGGCGCCGUCGAGUACGCGCUCCGGGCCAUCCCGCUCGGCGGUUACGUCGGCUUCCCCGACGACGACCCCGAGUCCGGCUUCGCGCCCGACGACCCCGACCUCCUCCGCAACCGCCCCGUCCCGGACCGCCUCCUCGUCGUCUCCGCGGGCGUCAUCGCCAACUUCAUCUUUGCCUUCCUCAUCAUCUACGCCCAGGCGGUCACCGUCGGCGUCCCCGUCCAGGCGCUGCUCUCCGGCGUCCUCGUCCCCGACGUCGUGACCGGCUCCGCCGCCGCGCGCUCGGGGCUGCUCGCCGGCGAUGUCAUCCUCGCCGUCCCCGGCGCCGCGCCGGACCCGUCCGUGCCGGCCCUGGUCGACCUCAUCAAAUCCAGCCCCAACAAGAAGGUCCUCCUCAAGGUGUCAAGAGCCGGGCCUGCGGCCGGGGACAAGCAGCAGUUCCUCGACCUCACUGUCGUGCCGGACACGAGCGUCGACGGGACGGGGCGCAUCGGCGUGCAGCUUUCUCCCAACUAUCGGGCCACGCGCGUGCACCCAAGGAACGUCUCCGAGGCCACCGUCCUCGCCGUGCGCGAGUUCAGGGCGCUGGGCGGGGCCGUGCUCGACGGGCUCCGGCAGACGUUCCUCAAUUUCUCGCAGACGGCGGAGAAGGUGUCAGGCCCGGUCGCCAUAAUCGCCGUCGGCGCAGAGGUGGCGAGGUCGAGCGCUGACGGGCUGUUCCAGUUCGCGGCGAUCAUCAACCUCAACCUCGCGGCGAUCAACCUGUUGCCGUUGCCGGCGUUGGAUGGCGGGACGCUGGCGCUGAUUCUUCUCGAGGCGGCCCGCGGCGGGCAGAAGAUCCCCCGUGAGAUCGAGCGGAGGAUAAUGUCGUCGGGGAUAUUGCUGGUGCUCAUGGUCAGCAUGUUCCUCAUCGUGCGCGACACGCUCAAUCUAGACUUCAUCAAACAGAAUAUGUAG